AUGGAGGAAGAUCGAGUUGAAGUUUUUUUAAGACUCCUUUUCAACAUCCUAGGCUGCAUCGCCAUGCCUGGCUUCUGGAUUGAGACCUUCAUCUUCAGGAUACUCGGCCUCAACACAUCGUCGAGCUUCCGCAUGUUCCCUCCGGCAGACAUUGUCCCCGGCCACGAAUAUCCUACAAGCGUGGCCUACAGCUUUGUCUUAAUUACUAUCUUAUUUAUACCCAGAUUUAUUGCUUCGGAUCGAUAUUUUGAUGGCGCAAACACCCUUGGGACGGAGCUUCGUCCUUUGACAAGAAGGGCCAGCCCACUCGUGGAAUACGUCGUCAUGUUUGCCCGUGUUUGGCUGGCAGCGGCUUGGGUAAAUAUGGCAUCGGCUCAAUUUAUGAUGGACUGGGACCUUGUGAGGUUUUCUGUGAAGCUUGGGAGCGUGUACUUCAUCUUGUGA